GCCCCUUGUAUUUUCUGUCCGUUUGUUUUGGAAUUAAUAGAAAUGGACAGGAUAUCUGCUUUCACUGACCCACUGGUAAGAUUUUCCAAGGACUCAGUUCACUUCAUCAAUCGCUGCACGAAGCCUGAUCGGAAAGAAUUUAAAAAAAACGCGAUCGCAACCGCUAUUGGUUUCUUUGCUAUGGGGGUGUUGGGAUUCAUUAUAAAACUAAUUUUUGUUCCCAUCAACAGCAUUAUUGUUGGGAAUUAACCAUAAUACGCAGGACUGAAAAAUAUAUAAGCUAUUCCUAAUUUCCUGACUUCAUGUUUUCGAUUUACCGCUCACUCAGUUAAGUACGAUCGAUCACGG